AUGUCUGUUCACGUUGGUGGAUUCUGGUUUCCUGCCGACGCCGUCCAUCAUCUGCUCAUGAAAGCCUAUGGCCUGGCCAACGUCACCCCCAGGACGCCCCCUUCGCCGCAACACUUUACUUCCACGACAACGACGACCUCAAUUGCCCCAGUCUCAUUGAGCAUCACGUCCGGGACGGAUCUGGCAAACCUGUCCAAGGACACGUCCUUUGCGAUGGCAUGCGCCGACUACUGGUUCCCGCCGUGGUUGCGCGAACUUGAAGUCUUCAAAGACGUUCGGUACAUUCAGUACGAGUAUACCGGAUACAUUACUAUUCCAAUCAUUUAUUGGAAAGAGAAGGAGUAUGACAUGGCGCCUCAGCAGAAUCGAUAUCCAACUAUACCCAAAUGGCUCCGGAAGCGUCAGGAGCGGGGUCGCACUUUCGCCUACAUGCCUCCUGGUGUUCCCGCCUUGUAUGUCUACGACGACGACGAUAGCGCCAACACUACUGACUCGGAUUCAACCCAAUCAUCUCAAGUAACUCCCUCACCUUGGACAAGCGUCCAGCAUCCGCGUCGCCGUGUCGGCCGUACGUCCAACUAG